AUGGGCUGCUACCAAAGUAAAGAAUCUGAGCCAUCAACACAGUACCCUGAAGUGAUCCAAAGAUCAUGCCAACAAAAAAACAUUAAAGAUAUCUUCAAAUACCCACAAGCACCAAAAGACAGGCAACAAAUAUAUCAGGGCCAAUCCAUAAGCACAAAUAAUCAAAAUCACGAAAAAUUUCCUUUAGAAAGUAAAUCCUCUGAUGUGUCUUCAAAGCGAGAAAAUCAUAGAGAAAGUGAUGAAUUCUAUAAAGUCUGUAAAAAAUUUUCUAUUAAAAGGCUUGACGACUUUGCAUUUCCUGAUAAAAGAUUUGAUUUAAUUUUAGACUCUUUAACAACUUUAUCAGAAAAUCAUGAAUGGUCUCAAAUAGUUUCUGAGCCAAAUUUAAAAAUCGAGCAGAAGCCUACAAGUAUGCUUAAGGAAAGAAUUGUGAUGAAAUGCAAAAUUAUUUUUGACCAAAAAAUAUCACUUGCUAAGAUUGUCGAAGCUUUGCAUGAGCCUGAACUUAUAAAAAAGUGCGAUGUUUCUAUUGAUGAUAUCACUUUGAUGACUGGAAAAACGUAUGAAGAUUCCGUUGUGAUGGUAACGAGGACGCUUAAAGGGAAAGAAAGGAAAUUUAUAGACAGAUGGUCGACAAGAACAAAUAAUGGAGUAAUUAUUUCUAUUGUAAUGGCUGAUAAAGAAGUACCUGAUCUGGAAGAAUAUGGACAAACUGUUUUCCAAACGAUAAAUAUAGAAGAAAUAAAUGCUGGAACAAAGGUAACUAUAAUUCAACAAUUAGAUGUAAAAAUGCAGGGGAAGAUCGUUGAAGGGCAAAUUUCUGAAAAUUUCAAAAAUUCUGUUUUUAAGCUAAGAGAAUAUGUGAGUGAAUAA